GCAGGCAGCAGCAGUCGAGUCUUAGCCGGCCGCCGGGUCUGUCCAGGAGUGCCUAUCGCUGCUCGAGAGCGCCCUGUCCGCUGCGUUUCUUCACUGAAAACCGGCACCUUUCCGCACCCUCUGCUUGUCGAUGGCGAGGAACUGUCUUCUGACAUCUGCGCGAGAGUGAACUUGCCCAUUCAGGUGCACCCUGAGCAGUGUGUCGACCCCGACGGACUUGCCGGUGCACUCGUUCGCGUCAACCCAAGUGCUGUCGAGUGCGGUGUCGUCCGAAUUCGCCCAAUUCGGACCAGUCUGAUUGAGCAAAUUUGAUUGUUUAGUGCUUGGUUGGUUUUUUGCGUGCUUCGGCGCCGACCGUUUCUCGCUUGCGGAUUUUGCAAAACUUGACUUCCUGCCAAAAUGGAUGUGCUGCCCAGCGGAAACAUCUUUCAGGAACUGCAGACCGUCCACGACACUGGCUUCUUCUCUGGCAAUCCGUCCCUCGAGGACCAUUGGCAUCAGAAUUGCUACGAGAUGGAGCGCUACCUGAAAGAAGAACCAACCCUGCAGAGCUACAAAAAGCUGCCGACAGACCUGGACACUCCCUGGAACAUAUUCUCAUCGCCAGUUAUGGUGACGGCAUCGUGGACGACGACGCCGACCCGUGCCGAUGGCGUGGACGAGGCGGUGAACGGCGAACCACUGGCCAGCGCUGACGAGGACGACCGGCUGAGUCUGGACGAGUUGCACCUGGAAGUGGGCGAGGAGCGGCUGCACUCGGACUGCGCCAGCCUCAGUUCGGCCAGCUCGUGGGACAGCGGUAAGGAAGGCGAGGGCGGCGAGUCGUCCCUGGAGCUGCGGCUAGCGCACCAGUCGGCGCUGACGCCGCCGUCGAGCCCCGAGUCUGGCGCGCACAGUAGCAGCAGCAGUAGUAGCGGGGCCCCGAGCCCCGCGGGGGGCAACUCACGCUCCAAGGGCUCUAUGUUGAGGCUGUCUGUGGCGGCGUCACGCGCCGCCUCCUCCUCAUCGUCCUCGUCGUCCAGUGCCUCCUCCAACGUGGCCAGGUUGCUGGCGCCCGCCACCUUCCAACCCAACAGACUGCAGGCCGACUCACCAGACGCCAAGAGAAGAGUCCACAAAUGUCAGUUCCCUGGCUGUAAAAAGAUUUACACGAAGAGUUCGCACCUCAAGGCGCACCAAAGGACACAUACAGGCGAAAAGCCGUACCGCUGCUCGUGGGAAGGUUGUGAGUGGAGAUUCGCUCGAUCUGACGAGCUGACGCGUCACUACAGAAAGCACACGGGCGCCAAGCCGUUCAAGUGCCGACACUGCGACCGCUGCUUCUCGCGCUCGGACCACCUGGCGCUGCACAUGAAGCGCCACACGUAAUCGCACCUGUACAUAGCUAGCGUUAGGGAGAUGAUUGUGUUAAUAAUUAAGAUACCCAUGACCCUCCCCAAGCACUGCCAUACUCUCUCCAGGGAUACAUUAAUACAUAAACAUGAUAAUCGGGGCCAGUGUAUGUGUGUUAAUCCGACGCUAUUCAUCUCAUGUAAAUAUCACGCGGCUUUGUGCGAGCAGGCCGAUGCUCGAAGGAAGGAUUUCGUUCGUUGUUUUUUUUAACUGCCGAGUACAUUUCUAUUUUUUUCUCACAGUUUUAUCUCGCGCCUCGUUUUCGUUUUACCAAAUUUUAUCGAUUAUUUAUGAAGUUUUUCCUUCGAAGAUUUUUGCAAUUUAAUGACGUACCUUUUUUCUGAUUUAUAAAUUAUUUAUGUGUCAGUAUUCAAUGUGUUACCAGUAUUUUAGAAUUGUAAGGCUCUCGUUUUGCUAUAUUUGUGAUUACAAAUGAUUUCGGAGUUUAUAUCGUGUUGUUUUAAAAUUUUAAUCUAUUUUAUGAUUUGAGUACUGCGCUGAUUAUUUUUGUACGUCAUUGUCAUUACCGAUGAAUACGGAAAAAUCGAUAGUUCCCACCGCGACAGUUACGUUCUGGAAGAGAUUUUUGGCAGAGGGUAUUUAUUAAUUAUCGCAAUCCAAAUCAUGCAAAAUUUAUAUUAUUGCAGAGAGUUCAAUGUUUCAUUGAAAGAAAUGGUUAUUAUGAAAAUUGUGAUGAACUUCUAUUUAAGAUUAGGAUGGGUAUUUUGUAAAUAUAGGAUAGUGAUCACGUGUUAAUGAUAGUGUUUUUUAAUUAAAAAUUGAAAAUUUAUGAAUUGAUUACUGAUAUGUAAAGUGUAGAAUCGCGUUAAGGCAUUAGGAAUAAUCUCUUUUCCUCUAUCAUGGGCCAUUUCAUUGUCUGAUACCAAAUCACGUUUGUGUAGUUAGUAGAGCGGAGAUCAGAAGAUGUAAUUCCUAUAUAAAUAUAUUUCGUUACAUUUCGUUACUCGACAAGACUUAAAAUUGAUUUCCGCGCACUGGCAAACAAAAAAUAAUCGCUUUUGAUUCGGAGCCACUCACCCAAUUAAUUAAUCGUUUCCCCCGAAAAACCUGUCACGCAAGUCCAAAAUUUUCCAAUCAAAACGUCUUCCUUUUUGAGAUAAUAAACAAAAAUUGAACGGAUUUGGAUUGCAAGCAGCACAAAAUUGUUCUUUACAACAGAAGCACAAAUUAAGGUUACAAUUAAGUGACAGGUUUUGCAAACGAUUCCCAGUUUCGUUGUCGCGUCAUUUUCCAAAAUUUGGUGAUAUACAAGUGUAAAACAACAUUUCACUAUAUGCGGUCCUAACAAACACGUACGAAUAAGGGAGAAACACAAAAAUGCUGUGAAAACACACACACAACUUCGCGUUCUCAUCAUUCAUUCACAACUCCUUCUCACCCCCCAGCUGGUGGUUAAAUUCGAGACAUAAUUUGAUUCAUUGCCUAGGUUUAGUUAUCGAGCAAUUAGUUGUAAUGGAUUUAGUAAAUAUGUAUCGUAACGAUGUGUAGCAGCAAACAAACGUUUUCCACAGGAAAAAUUCAAACCACACACCCACACACACACAAACACUCAGAUUUCUUAGCAUCUUGUACAAUAAUUGCAAAUUCCAUAUUGCAGCAAGAAAAAAUGAUAAUUAAAAUACAACGAUGAUGGAUGUUCAACUUUUAAAUUGUCUUAGAAUCUAUACAUUUUUGGAUUUUUGAUGUGGAACAUAUAUAUUUUAGUUUUUCCAGGCACCCAUCGCAACUGUACUCAAAAGUAGUGCCGUAGAAUGUGCGUUAUUCUUGGUGGUAGUUUUUGGAUACACACAGACACACACACACACACACACAGUUGAUUAACACACACACUCACGAAAAAUUGACAGUUAUUUUUCCAAAUAAGAGAUAUGAGAAAAUUGUGAGAGGAAGGAUUCAAUAGAGAGGCAAAUUUAAAUGGGACAUUUCAGCGAUAUUUUUGUAAAAUGAUUUUUUUAAAAACGCAAAUAAAUAAGAACAAGCACAGUACUUGUCAUGGAAUGGAACAUGAGGACAUGAAAUAUGGUGGAUUGAAAUUUGAAAUUUUUUACUUUUAUGAACUGUUUUUGUACAGAUCUAUAUAUGUAAGUAUUAAAGCUAUAUAGAAAAAAGGAAAACGCAAAGUUAAAAAAAACCGUUACUCUGUCUCUACCAAGGGCCGGAAUACGCAACAAAAAAAUGAUAAAAAGAAGAAUUCGUAGUGCAUAAUGUUGUUGUUGUCGUCGAUGCAUUAAUUAAAAAUGUUUGUGCCAUGAUUUGAUGCACAAAAUAAAUUUCAACUGCGUAUAUUCUGAAUGUAAUCCGUUUUGCGCUUCGUUCUCUGAAUAUGUUCAACUUAAUCUAUGAGUUCUCUGUUACCAGUGCGAACAAGUCGUCUUUUCGCUGUCUCACUCUCUGUCUCAUUUCCAUUCACAAAUCAUUAUCACGAGAAUUCCCUAUUUUAUUUAAUAUAUUCAUACUACACAGUAAGGCUAGAUGUAAAUUAAAUUUUUGUACAACUUAUUAUUAUACAUGUAUAUUUAAGAUCUUUUAUAAUUUAAAACUGCAAAAAGAAACAUUCAACACCAUAAAAUAACGUGAAAUCGUUUAGUUGACUGAUUGAUUCGACUUUUUAUGUUAAAUUUGAUACACACGUGGGAAAAAUGCAAAUGGAUAAGUGAGAAAAUUUAUUUUUGUGUGCAUAUCGCAUGAGGGGAUGCGACCGAUUCUAUUGUAGUAUUGGGGCAUUUUCAAAAUUACAGAGCGUGUGUUUGUUGAAAGUGAUAAAUCUCAAUUGGUGGAAAUCCAAAUUUUGCAAUGAUACGGUACAGCACUGUUCUAGGAAAAAGUUAUCAGACUGAUUGAAUUGUAAUCUGCUCCCGGACACUGCAUCUCGCGAGCAGGAAUUGAAGAGUUUUUAAAAUUGGCCAAUGAUUCACACAAAUUUU